AUGUCGGAAGUGUCAUCAACAGCCGACCACCUAUGCGUAUUGGUCCAUGGACUCUGGGGAAAGCCCUCACACCUCGACUACGUCGCAUCCACCCUGAAAGAGACAUUCCACGAUGAUGUCUACAUUUUGUGUCCAAAAGCCAACACCGGGAACUAUACAUAUGAUGGAAUCGAGCUCGGCGGGGAACGAUUGGUGCACGAGAUUGAGGAAACACUCCAUGAGUUAGCGGAGCGCGGCCAGAAGAUCACCAAGAUCAGCAUGAUCGGAUAUUCUCUUGGUGGUCUACUUGCACGCUAUGCGAUUGGCUUAUUGGAAGCUCGGGGCUUGCUGGAUAAGUUGGAACCGAUGAACUUCACAACCUUCGCGACCCCUCAUGUUGGCGUGAGAGCGCCGCUGAAGGGCUGGAAAGACUCCAUUUUCAACGUCUUGGGUGCGAGAACGAUCUCCCAGUCUGGCCGCCAAAUGUUUCUUAUUGAUCAAUUCCGUGAUACGGGCCGCUCACUGCUGAGCGUUCUGGCCGACCCGGACAGUAUCUUCAUAAAAGGACUGAAGAAGUUCCAACGAAAAAGCAUUUAUGCAAACCUCGUGAAUGAUCGGUCAGUGCUGUUCUAUACGUCUGCUCUCUCAAAAGUGGACCCUUUCGUGAAUCUGGCAAAUGUGAAUAUCAACUAUGUCAAGGGCUAUGAAAAUGUCAUUGUCGAUCCUGAUACUUAUCUGCUGCCGCCAACGCAGCGCAAAACUGGGACUUUUGCAGAGCGUGUCUGGAAGAAAUGCAAAUCGGUAGCUUUCUGGGUUCCUCUCUCUUUGCUCCUGGUUGUCCUUGUGCCACUGGCUAUUGCGAUAUUCCUCAUCAAUGCCGGAAUCCAAACGUGUCGCAGCUCCAAGCGCAUUCGAAUGCACGAGAACGGCGGUCUAUUUGGCAAAUACAGAGUGCCACUGUUAGUCCAGGAUGUUCAGCAUGUCGUGGAACAGGUCUUUGAGAAUGUCAAUGCGAGCCAGGAGCCGGCCUAUCUGUCCAACAGCGACACCGAGGUCUCGGACUCGGCACCCGAUAAGGAAAACGGACCGUCUACCUCAACCCCUGCUCCUAGUGACAUACAGGUUGAGGCCUCGUCGGCCCGAAGGCGUUCAUCUGGGGCAUCAGUCCACUCGCCCAAGCUUGCAUUGACACCAGAACAAUUUGAUAUCAUCAACUCGCUCAACGAAGUGGGACUGCGCAAAUACCCCGUGCAUAUUCAUAAAAACCGACACAGCCACGCAGCGAUCAUUGUUCGAAGUGCUAAAGAUGGGUUUGCCGAAGGCAAAUUAGUGAUAAAGCACUGGCUGGACCAUGAAUUCGCGGUAUAA